AUGGCGGCUUAUGGUGCCGCGAUUUCUCUCAAGAAUACCAUUCGGUGUCUUCUACAAUCGUCUCGCAUUUCACUAGCUCCUCCGUCUCCACAAAUCUUACAACCCGUUUACGAGGCCAUGGUUGACUUGCAGAAAGCUCUGCUAAAAUUGGAGGAGACCGGCUACAGCAAGAUCCGGACGAAGGUGAAUGCUUUGGACGAACGAAUCAAAGAGGCCAUAUGGGAAUUCGAAGAUUUACUCGAAUCUCAUGUGUAUCAACAGAUUCUUCCACAAGUCGAAGGUCACUUGUCUUUCUCGGUAGAUCUGCAUAGUCUCCGACAGAGUGUUGAUUGCUUCAUCCAGAGGGUGACAGUGAUGGAGGCGGAGUUCGAUAUUGAACUACUCAAUAUGCCUGAAGAAGAAGGCCAACCUAUUUCCUCAAGAAUUGAUUUUCACGGAAUCGACUCAAACAUGGUUGGGUUAUCCCAAGAAUUUGAAAGCACAAGGGAUUAUCUUCUUGGAGAAAAUAAAGAGAGCUACUAUGCAAUUACGGGGAUGGCAGGAGUUGGAAAGACAACAUUUGCUAAAAAAUUAUUUGACGAUCCAUCACUUAAGAGUCAUUUCGAGCUUCGAGUAUGGGUUAAAGUGGGCAGAAAAUGUGAAUCUAAUGAAACAUUACGAUGCAUAGUAACUCAAGUGGAUCGCGACCAAAUGCUUACCCAAGGAGACGAAGACAACGACGAGAAAUUAGUUAGACUCUUGAAAGAGAGAUUGAAGGAUAAGAAAUGUUUCAUUGUGUUGGAUGAUGUAUGGAAAUGGAAUGCGCGAGUUAUGGAUAAAUUGCCACGAGAAAAUGUCCGAAUCUUGCUAACGAGCAGGCAAAAUUUAGAAGAAUGCCGAAUUGGGCGUAAACUACGCUUGUUGAAUGAUGAAGAAAGUAAGAAAUUACUUGGCAAGAAGGUGUUCGGUGAAGAUGGUUUUCCUCCUCACCUUGAUGAACUAGGAGAAAAGAUUGUCAAAAAAUGUGAAGGUCUUCCACUUGUGAUAGUCAAAGUUGAGCUCCUAUCCAAAGAAGAAAUAACCCCACAAUACUGGGCCGAGGUAGUCACAAAACAACAUAAUUCGAUCUUCACAAAUGCAUAUAAUCAAAUAUUAGAGGUACUUUUUCCAAGCUAUAACUACUUACCUCAAAAUUUGAAGAUGUUAUUUCUGUAUUUCGGAGCUUACCCUCCGUAUAUUGAUAUUGAACCACACGUCAUCUUAAAUCGGUUGAGUACUGAGGGGUUUGUUGAAUCUUUUGGUAGACAAUUUUUGGGUGAUUUUAUGGAUGGAGACGCUUCUAAUUUUCAUUUGCACGAAUGGGUGGCAGUCCUCGCUACCGGUACAACCUCAUUCUAUUCAAUUUCACUCUCGAUUCUUGGUUUUCAAAGAAAAUGUUUCGUGUGCAUUCUUGCUGGCAGCACUUUUGUAAGAAAGAGGGAACUAGGAUUAAGUUUUUGCAUGUUUUACAAAGCUACGAUGAUGUUGUGA